GGGUGGAGCGCGGAGGGCCGAGCGUGAACGGGUGGUUUCCCGUAGUGGACCGUUGGGUCGCUUGCGAGAUGCGGAGUGGGACGUCGACGUGCGCAGGACGACAGACGGAGUCCCUUCGGGCAGCGCGAGCUGCAACGGUCGAUUUUCAAAAGGAAGGCGGGCAUUUUCGUCGYCYUYUGUGGUGGUUGUCCGCUUAYGAAUGUCGAGUGCCCCUGUCCCAGGCAUGUCRGAACACACAUCUGCAGUGGUCACGUGCGAGGGCGGCUGCAGAGGUGAAUUUCAUGGCUGACGUGGGGAGGAGAUUGCCUCUGCUGGUACUCGCUGUCGUCGUCUUCCUGAUUGUCGUCUUCCUCCACGUGUGUUUGUCGUGGCGGCCGUGGAAACAACAACGCAAGAGGAGGGCUUCGACGAGACGGGCGGCAGGGGAACGUCUAAUGGCGGGCAUGCAGGCACGAGCGGCUACUGCCGCAGGUCAGGGAGGAGUUCGAUCUUCGGCGCUGGAGCCUCGAAGGCAGUACGACCCGUCCAUGUACACCCAUCUGGAGUCGUGGGAUACGCCAUUGCCCCCGUCGGACGAGGAGCCGGAGAAGGAAGAACUUUCAACGUUGCCUCUCGUCAGCGGCUCGACUCAGUUGUGGUCGCAGACAGUGCAAGCAGGCGGGUCGGCUCGCGACGAAGGGGGCGAGUUCACGUCAUUCCUGCAUCAAGGAUUGCGGGACGACGAAGACGGAGGAGUUGAUAUGAGCUUCGGGUUGUGUUCUGGCGGCGGCAGGGAGGCGAGCCGUACGUUCAUCAUCGACGGAGUUCGUUCGGCACGUGGCGUUGAACAUGGUGGAAGCCUGCAUACGGAGCAGUCCACACUUCGUCGCGCUGCACCCGUGACUGGCGCGGUCGGGCCAUCGGCAGCGGGACGGCAGCAUGGAUCGACUGCUCCGCUGACGAACGAAGAGAGGAAGGAGCACAACUUCAAGUUCCGGAUGGACAGGGCGCUGUACAACGAGAUCCACGCAGGCAUGGUGGGGAACCACAUGAUUUUCCCUCCCAACAUUGCCAACACCGGCAGUCCGGAGGGGGUGCAGCUGCCCAGGCGAGGAGCGGGUGGCAGGGAGUCUGUUUGUAGUGAGGCGGCCAGUGAAGGCUGCCCUGACGAGCGUUCUUCUGCGAGGGAGUCCGACAACAACGUAGGCAGCGGGGCGGGAGGCGGGAAGCGGAAGAACGAGUGUCACCAGACAUUCGAGUCCAUCUCUGAUGUCAUGGAACGCCAUGGCGCAAUGAUGUCGUCGACGAUCGAAUCGUCUAGCAAGUGGCAAUGCAGCAUCUUCACGAGGCAAUGCGACAUAUUGGAGCAGGAAGUUGCCGUCCAAAAAGCGCACUAUGCGGCGUCCGACGAGACGAAGAAAAUGAUGUGCCACGCACUGUUGGAGAUCGCUGCCGCCAUCCGUGGUCGCCGAGCGCUCCACCGAGAUCGCCUGUGGAGGUCCCCAGCAAGCAUGUCUGCGCGAUUGAACGACCGUGGCAAGAAGCACGACGUCGCGCUUGACGAAACCCAAGCCCAGGGGAAAGGUCGGCGACACGUCCCAAAGGCGAAGAGGCUUUGUUCGGAAGAUGCGUCUGCAAACGUGCCGCCUCGUGGAGGGCGAGGUUGGGCGCAGGCCGCGGAAGAGUACAACGACGAUGAUUUCACGACGGAGGACGAUCAAGGCGAGGCGACGGCGUCUGCAGGUCGGGAGAGUGUUAGGCAGCGUACUUCCGAUCAGAGCGCUUCGAAGAGGAUGUCAACCCCUCCGCCGGAGGCGCAGCAGCUACGUGUCCGCGAAACAUGGAAAGAGAAGGGUGCUGUGGUGGACCUUGGCGGCGAUGACGACGAGCCUUUGGAGAAAUGUCGCCUGCGCAUUGCGACACAAGCGACCGCAGCGGCGGUGUCGACGGCUCGCGCUGCGGCGGAUGAAAGGCCAAUCACAGGUGCACUCCCCAGCACGCCGUCUCAGCCCCGUCAGCGCAACGACGGUGGUCACGGUGCGUCUCUCCAACGCGGUGGUAGGGGGGGAGUCGUGGCAGACACACGAGCAGCACGGGGCGAGGCGGCAGGUGGCGCGGGUGUGGGUGUUGCAGGUGUUUUCCCUUCCGUUCCGACGGCGAGAGAGGAGGCUGCAGUUCCGGCAAUGGUGAGAGAGGAGGGUCGUGGACAGGACACGAACCAACGGGAUGGCGGCGAGGCCGCUUCAAGCCGGGCACGCAAGGGAGUCAUGAGGAAAGACCUUAUCGACCGUGCGCUGCUUUGGGUGGAUGACAAAGCUUUCUGGGUAACGGGUGAAGGAUGCAGACUUUACAACAUCGUCCAUGAAACAAAAGAGUACUUUGUCGCCAUCGCCAGCGGCCUUCCGCCACCUGACCUUCCACGGAGCGUUGUCGUCCCCAAAUCCAGCACUAGGGUGGCGAGGAUCGCGGACCAAUCACAGCUCCAGCAAGUGAUCUCCCGUAUGGUGGCGGUGGAGAAUAUAGCUCUGCGCAUCUUGCACGACUGGGUUUUCAACGCGCCGAUCUGCGCCCGUACGAUGGAUCUGAACAUGAACCUUCCACUGUGGUACGUCGGCGUGAAUAUCGAGGACAGACCUGAGGACGACGACAUGGCUGCGCACCAGGAGUCCACCGUCGUGAGCAUUGCGUAUUCAUUCCGUGCGGCGGUGCAAAUGGGCACUCACAUCGACGACGAUUUCAUCUCCUAUGACCGUCUAUGUCGGGUGGCUGACUGCUUCAGGCUGUUGCUGGCGGCGUCCAUGUGGAUUAUGCGCAUGGCGGGAGACGAUCCACGCUGUCACUACGAAGCAUUUUACUUCGCGGAUCUCGUCGCCAGGCAGACACUAAUCGCGUCCGUGCAUCGCUCCUUCGAUCAUCGACGAUCCGUCGUCCGCACCGCGAACGUCGUCACGGAGAGGCUUGGGAAGGCGAAAGCCACGCUCAGAGUGUACCCCGACUACAUCCCUGAUUGGGCACCAUGCGGCAUCGGAUUUGCGCACGACGCGAGCAUCAAGGGGCCGGAGGAUGCGAAGAGGCUGGAUUGGUUGGGUUCGGGCCCCCCCGAUGAUGACAUCAAAGGCGAAGGAAAAGACGACGCAUAAGGCGGGCGGGUUUGCGAGGGAAGACCGGGGAGACUGCGCUUCUAAGAACAAAGGCGCAUGUACGUG